CCCCGUCGGUGGCCGGGAUCCCCCGGCGGGCCGGGCCGGGCCGGCGCCGCCAUGUUCAGCCGCCUGGGCGCCUUCCUGCAGCAGGCGGUGGAGACGGUGAGGGCCCGGCCGGGGGCGGCUCCGCCAGGGAGCGAGCAGGAGCCCAGCAUUGACCUGCUGGAGGCAUUCACCGACCACUGGAAAGGGCUCACUCACUACUACCUAGAGACCACAGAUGAAAACACCCCAGUUAAGGAGACCGAUAUCCCCUGGCGCCUGAAACAGAUGCUGGACAUUCUGGUGUAUGAGGAGAAGCAGCAUCCAGCAGGGGAGACAGGGCCUUGUCUGGAAUAUCUGCUGCAGCACAAAAUCUUGGAGACCCUUAGCACUCUGGGGAAAGCAGAGUAUCCUCCAGGCAUGAGGCAGCAGGUGUUCCUCUUCUUCAGCAGAGUCCUGGGACAGGUGCAGCAUCCACUGUUGCACUAUCUGAAUGUGCACAGACCUGUUCAGAAGCUCCUUCAGUUCGGCAGCAAUGUGCUAGGCUCUGCGACUGAGAAGGAAGAGGUACAGUUUGCUGCUGUUCUGUGUGCAAAGAUCAAGCAGGAUCCAGCUCUGCUCACAUACAUCCUGGAGGGAAAGAAUCUUCUAACUGUGAGCCCACAGGGAGAUGCUGGCAGCAGCCAGAGAGAGAGCUUGGCUACCAACGGAGCCCUGACUGCAUCUCCUGAGCACGACAGAGAGUGUUCCAUGGGUGACGCCCCCUGUGCUAGCCUGGCUGGAAAACCAAAGAAUUCUGUCUCCAGCUCCUCUCCUCUAAGAAAGGAAAACAAUCUGAUCACUUCCUUAAUCAACUUGUGCAAGAGCCAGAAGAGCAGGGUUGCACUAAAAGCUCAGGAAAACUUGCUGCUGCUCAUAAGUGUCGCUCAGCAGGCAGCUGCCACAUACCUGGUACAGAACAGCGCCCUUUGCUGUCUGGUGACUGAUCACCUGUGUGACCUGUACAAUGCCGUCCCUACUUCAGCCGAUCCUGCAGAUAUCCUCUCCCUAGAGAGAGUCAGCUGGAGGUUGCAGAAUAACUCUGCUGAUGAGGCCUCCUUCCCAGGAAAGGGGAGCCUGGAUGCUUUCUUUAGCUGGUUAGAUUACUGUGAUCACCUCGUGAGAGGGGCCCACCCGGUAGUUGCAGAUGCUGUAACAGAGACCAUUGGUGAAAAGCUCUUCCAGGGGAUUUUGCAGCCACAGCUCUUGCAGAUGUCUGAACUUGGCAUCCUCACCUCUACGGCAAUGCUGACGGCUGUGGUGAGGCAGAUCAGUGCUCCUGCCCUGCUCCGGGAACUGGUGACAUUCCUGCUGGGCACAGAGAGGCAGCCAGAAGCCAUCACUAACUCCCCACAGCAGCACCUCCUGCGCUUUCAACUGAUAGAGCACUGCAACCACCUGUCUGAUGAGAUCAGUCUUGCUACCCUGAGGCUAUUUGAGGAGCUGCUCCGGAAACCCCAUGAGCACAUUGUAUACAGUCUAGUGCUGAGAAACCUGGAGGAACGGAGCUACAUCCUGCGCAGCCAGCCGGGGCAGGAGGAGCGGAGCACCCACGAGCAGGAGCAUUACGAGGACACACUGGAGCUGGAGGAAGAUCCCUAUUUCACUGAUGAAUUUCCAAAUACAGGAUUCCGGGCAUGUAAAAAGCCAAUGCCAUCCUCCCCCCGGGGGCCUGCCAGGCCUAAUGAGAAGACAGACGUGAAUGAGAUUGUUCUCAGUUUCCUGGGCCUGGUUCCUGAUGAGGCAAAGACCUCCUCCUAUCUGGAGGAGGCAGGAUAUGAUACCUAUGUGCACGAUGCCUUAAGGCUGUUUCAGGAAUGCUCUGCUAACAUAUCCUCAUGGAAUUGGCCCCAGGAACCAAAACCUCUGGAGCCCUGUGACCCACAAGCAGCAUUUUAUGAGGGCCACUUCCUCAAGGUGCUGUUUGACCGUAUGACACGGAUCCUGGAUCAGCCCUAUGGACUGAACCUACAAAUGACAUCAGUGUUGUCCCGCCUAGCCCUCUUCCCGCACCCGCACCUCCACGAAUACCUCCUGGACCCCUACCUGAAUCUGGCUCCUGGUUGCAGGACGCUCUUCUCUGUACUCAUCAGGGUGAUUGGAGAUCUGAUGCAGAGAAUCCAGCGGGUGUCUCAGUUCCCAGCCAAGCUGCUGCUGGUCCGGAGACAGUUAAUGGGGCUGGUCCCUGAAGAACAGAUCGAUCACAUGACCCUCUUCCAAGGAGUGGUGGUGCUGGAGGAAUUUUGUAAGGAACUGGCAGCCAUCGCCUUUGUGAAGUUCACCCCUGAGGGCCCUGCAUGAGUCCAGCCUCUGGCUCUCCUCACCUGCUUCCUGGAGAGAAGAUCUGAGUGCAGUGCCAGCAUGCACUGCUGGAAUGGGAAGAUUAGUGCUCCAUGGCUCAGGGCAAGGGAGCACCACUCCUCACUCAGCCAUCCACCUUAGCUGAGACCUUCCUGUAUCGCUGGCCUCCAGAGAAUGCCUGGUUCUGAUAACCAGACUCCCCCCCUAUCGAGCAGCAGGGAACCAGGACUCUGCAACAUCACAGAGGGUGACGGCACGAGACAGUCUCAACAUCUAACUCAGGUUUGAUACUUCCUACAUUACAGAACCAAUGGUCUGCUCAGUGUUCAGCUCCCAAAGCUGGCUAGGAAAGCACUAGCUGCCACAGCCCCCAACCUUCAGAAAGCAAGACUAGAUGCAUUGAGAGCCCUCCACAAUUUCUAUCUGCUGCCUCUUAGGAUCAGAGUGGGCAGGAGCGUUUGCAGAAAAUCAUCGCCCACAAUCCAUUCUGCAAGAUUUUUAUAGCUCCUCUUCCAAGUGCCUAUGGCUAGGGGGAGGGAAAGGAAUGGAUACAUACAUGAUCAGGGCAGUGUCUGAAGCCCUGUGGAAUAGAGAUCUGCAUUGCACUCUUGCUACAUAGGACCUGUGGGAGUGCACUGUUCUGGUGUCCUGGCAGUGAGCCCAGAAUAAGACUUCUAGGUAACUGUAGGUGAAGGUAGGAUACAGCACAUUGCAAAAGUGGGUGCUAAAUCAAAACCACCACCCCCCUACAGAUCUCAUUUCUGGACAGGUAGAUUCCCAGGUGGAAUCCAGCCAGCCCCAGCUGGGUGGCCAUAAGACACUCUUCUUCUGGCCUUUAAUCAAAGUGCAACAUCUCCAGCUGUUGCUUUGCUGCACCUGGCCCAGCAGCAUCUAUUAAAAUACCCUGAAUAUAAAAUAUGGACCUAGAAGCCUGCAGUCAGACUCCAGCCAUGGCACUUAUGAUGCCUUGCUGUGCAGGUGGCCAGCCUCACUCCUAGUGCUUCACUGCCCAAACCUUCCCUCUUCCCCUGCAGUCCAAAAGGGAAGGAGUAGGGAUGGUGGGUAGCCUUGAGGUAAGUCAUGUUCCUCCACCCCCUAAGCUGUAAGAGAGGCAUAGAGAAGUGACUGGACCUACCUCCCAGACAGAUCCUGAGGCUUACUCCAUUGGUUUUGGGGUUCCUGAGCAAAGCAGGGCAGGCAUGAUUGAUGUGGCUGUGUGACAGACAAGUCCCACUGGGCCCUAUGCGCUGCUGUCAGGGGGCUUUCUGUUAAACAAGUUUUCAUUUAGUCCGAUGCUCUUGCUCGCUAGCGAUGGGGGUCCUGGGGCAAGGAGGAACAGAAGGUACAUGGAGUCUUUUAUUGGAGGAAGAGUUCAUUCUGACUUUGAACUGGCUCCAGUUGAUGCUUUCCAUAUGGUAUGAGUAGAGCAACCGUGGCUCUGCCAGGCAGCAGAGACAUGUAAGGUUGCUCCAUGUCCUCAGCAAACCUUUAGAGACAGUACUGCCUUCCAUCACGCUCGCAGUGCCUCGGCUCUGGCUGAUCAGAAAAUGGGACAGCAGCCCUCAGGCAGGUGCAGCUCUACCCUGUCUUCCUGGAGAUGGGAGGGCGUUUUGCUUUAGUUUAGCUAGACAGAGUGAAGCAAAGUCUUGCAGAGCACCCUCCCAAGCAACCUGCCCCAUUGUGAAAGGAAACUCAGAGCUACCGCUAGAGAGCAGGAUGCUUCCCUCACAUAUCCUGGAGAACAGCCCCUUGAGAAGCCAGAAGGGCUGGAGGCCAGCAUCAGCUGAGUUCUCGCUCUUCCCCACUGUUUCCCUAUAAUGGGCCAGAUUCUUACCUGAUGUCUGGCUUCAUAGUAUCAUUGAAAUUAGUGACCUACACCAGCUGAGGCUCUCACCCACUGCUUUCCUGGGUAGCAAGGAUGAAUUUGUAAAGUGCUCUGGGAAUGAAGUAAGUUAGCAAUAGUCUUUAUACUAGCAAUACUAACCCAUUCAACAGGGCUGUGUGUCUAUUGAUAGAUAUUCACACACCCUGCAGAAUCCCAGCAUCUCACUCUGUUCCCAAUGUGCACUUUAGAAUGUAACAAACACUUCAUCACAAUGCAGUGAAAGGUAUCUGGUAACUAGAGCUGUCAGCCAACAAGAGUAGAUACAAAUUUGGGCAGUGCCUAGCACAGUGGGGCCCCAAUCUUGGUGGUGUUAUGGUAGUGCCUAGAGAUCAACUGUCAGGGCAGCUUGUAAGCCUGACAAAUCAGCACAACUGGAUUCUUGACAUUGGUAUUAAGUGCAGGGUGGAUGCUUAGGGGCACCAUUGGCUUGGCAAUGCACUAUUUAAUGUUACAUUAAGUGAUUCUUUAUAGCAUAUUUAGCUAUACUGCAUUAUCUACAGAGGGGCUUUCGGUCUUGUGUUGCCUCUUAUCAACCAUGCACAAAAGGUGCGUACAUGUGGUUGCUUGGUAAAUCUGGGUGUUGGUGUUGUAUAUAUGGCAACUGCAUGUGGUAAGUGGGUACAACGAGCUAGCAAAUGUUACAGCACCACCUCUUUUCAGAACUAUGCACUUUUAAAUGUAUGGUGUGUAACUAAACCAGCUGUAAAAUUUGUGCAGUUUGUCUGUACAUAUGUACCAGGUACAAGUAACUUAACUCUUCCUGUGGCAAUAAAGUGAUGUCUUGAUAAAUUUGAA